GUCACACACGGUACAACAAAACAGUUCAAUUCAAAUGAAAACAUUUCCAAUAAUUUGGUUUUCUAUUCGAACACCUUCUUUUGUUCGUUUAUUCACUGUUCCAAGUGCAUUUACGGUCAUAAAGCGUAAUAUGGCUACACAGCGCGUAAAAUUAGCAUUGAUCGAUCUGAGUGGAACGCUGCACGUUGAUGACCAACCGACCGAAGGAGCAGUAGAUGCAUUGAAAAGACUGCGUCAACAUGGCGUGAAAGUGAAAUUUGUGACCAACACAACGAAGGAAAGUGUCGGCUCCCUGUACGACAGGCUGCGCAAAAUAGGAUUUGAAUUGGAACGAGAAGAAAUAUACGGAUCUCUGGCAGCAGCUGCAGAAUAUGUCCGGAAACACGAGCUCAAUCCAUACUACCUCCUGACAGAUGAUGCCCGUACCGAUAUGCCUCCGAACGACCCAACUCGUUCAACGGAUUCAGUUGUGGUGGGCCUUGCACCGGAACGUUUCUGCUAUGAGCAUCUGAACGAAGCGUUUCGUGUGUUGCGCCAGAAAAGCGAUACGAGAAAUGUUCAGCUGGUGGCCAUUCAUGAAGGACGGUACUACAAGGCUAAGGACGGCAUCGCACUCGGCCCCGGAUGUUUUGUUAAAGGCCUGGAAUACAGCACGGGAGUGCCGGCUGUUUGCAUUGGGAAACCAAAUGAAUACUUUUUCCGGUCAGCCUUGCCAGCAGACGUUGCUGUCGAAGAGUGUGUCAUGAUUGGUGAUGAUCCAACGGACGAUUGUCUUGGAGCGAUGCGUAUUGGAAUGAAGGGCUACCUGGUCGAGACAGGAAAAUAUCAACCGGAAAUGUAUACGGAAGCAAACCGGCCAGUCGUGAGUGGCAUCUUUGCUACAUUUGGUGACGUUGUGAAGCACAUAAUUUCUAACGACCAGUAAACAAUGGGCAGACACGGAACAAGCUAGUAAGUCGUAACAUUUAAUUAGUAAAUUAUUUAGUUAUUUUACUUUUCAUCUA